GGGCCCAGGAGGUACCGGGGAUUUGGAAGGAUGCCUGCAGGCGGUGCGAGGGUAGAUCGCAGGAAUCUGGGGGUGAUUCCGAAAAUUUCGGGGCGAUCCCGUGGGCAGAAUCGACGGUCCGUGGGGGUACCGGGGAAGGGGAGGCGGCCCUGGGGGUGAUCCCGGAGGCGGUGCCGCGGAUCUGGGGACGAUCCUGGGGGCGGUCCCGAGCUGGUCCCGGUUUCCCCACUGGCGGUCGCCAAGAAGACUCUGGGGCACUCCCUCGGUGCGCGGCCGGGGCCGGUGCCGAGAGCCCCGGGCGGUGCCAAGGGCGGUCCCGGGGCGGAGCCGAUCGCGAUCGUGGUGCUGGUGCCGGUGUCGGGGCAGCGACGGAGCCCGGGGCAUGGCGGGCCUGGGCGCCUCGGAACCGGGCACCGGAUCCAGUCCCGUCCCGGCCACUCGCGUGGAACUCACGGUGUCCUGCAGGCAGCUCCUGGACAGGGACACCUUCUCCAAGUCGGACCCAAUCUGUGUGCUGUACACGCAGCGCCCUGGCAGCCACCAAUGGCGGGAGUUUGGCCGGACCGAGGUCAUCGACAAUUCCCUGAAUCCUGACUUCCUGCACAAGUUUGUCCUCGAUUAUUGCUUUGAGGAGCGGCAGAAUCUGCGCUUUGACCUGUAUGAUGUGGACUCCAAGAGCCCUGACCUCUCCAAGCAUGAUUUCCUGGGCCAGGCAUUCUGCACCCUGGGGGAGAUCGUGGGCUCAGCCGGCAGCCGCCUGGAGAAGCCCCUGACGAUGGGAACAGCCACCAUGCACCCCCGGGGCAGAAGACUUGCCCCAGCUGCCUCCCAUGGCAGUGGCAUUCCGGGGAAGAAGUGUGGCACCAUCAUACUCCUCGCUGAAGAGUUGGGAAACUGCCGGGACGUGGCCACACUCCAGUUCUGCGCCAACAAGCUGGAUAAGAAGGAUUUCUUUGGAAAGUCUGACCCCUUCAUGGUCUUCUACCGCAGCAACGAAGACGGAACUUUCACCAUCUGCCACAAGACAGAAGUGGUGCGGAACACACUGAACCCCGUCUGGGCAGCCUUUGCCAUUCCUGUGCGUGCCCUCUGCAAUGGGGACCAUGACCGAGCCAUCAAGGUGGAGGUAUAUGACUGGGACCGUGAUGGCAGCCACGACUUCAUCGGGGAGUUCACCACCAGUUAUCGGGAACUGGCACGAGGCCAGAGCCACUUCAACGUGUACGAGGUGGUGAACCCCCGGAAGAAGAUGAAGAAAAAGAAGUACCUGAACUCUGGGACAGUGACACUGCUGUCCUUCACUGUGGAGGCUGAGCACACCUUCCUGGACUACAUCAAGGGCGGGACCCAACUCAACUUCACAGUGGCCAUAGACUUCACGGCAUCCAAUGGGAACCCCUCACAGCCCACGUCCCUGCACUACCUGAGCCCCUUCCAGCUGAAUGCCUACAGCCUGGCACUGAGGGCCGUGGGGGACAUCAUCCAAGACUACGACAGUGACAAAAUGUUCCCAGCCCUUGGCUUUGGUGCCAAGGUCCCCCCGGAUGGGCACGUGUCCCACGAGUUCCCACUGAAUGGGGAUGCAUCAAACCCGGCAUGUCAUGGCAUUGCGGGGGUGCUGGAGGCGUAUCAGCGCAGCCUGCGCCAUGUCCAGCUCUACGGCCCCACCAACUUUGCCCCUGUCGUCAACCAUGUUGCCCGCUCGGCAGCCACGGUGCUGGACGGAUCCCAGUACUUUGUCCUCCUCAUCAUCACCGAUGGUGUCAUCUCUGACAUGGCCCAGACCAAGGAGGCCAUUGUCAAUGCUGCCAAAUUGCCCAUGUCCAUUAUCAUCGUGGGGGUUGGCCAGGCUGAGUUUGAUGCCAUGGUGGAGCUAGAUGGGGAUGACAUCCGCAUCUCUUCCCGUGGCAAAGUGGCUGAGCGUGAUAUUGUCCAGUUUGUUCCAUUUCGUGACUACAUGACGGGGGGUCCUGGUGCGGGACUGAGCAUGGCAGGGCUGGCACGAGAAGUCCUCGCUGAGAUUCCCGACCAGCUCCUCUCUUACAUGAAGGCACGGGGCAUAAAACCACACCCCCAUCCCUCCCAUGUUCCCUGAAACCCUCCCACCCUGACUGUCCACUCCCAACACACCAUGUCCCUUCAUCCUACCCCAGGACCCUGUAUCAGGGAUCAAAGGCAUGCUCUGUCAGGGACCUGGGACUGGAGGUCCCUCUCCUCCUUUCCACAACCUUGGGGCCCCCUCCCCAAUCCGGGUUCCCACCACCACACCCAUAAACCAGCUUUUGGGUUUCUCGGGGGAAUUGGGAUGGUGUUGCCUGAGCAUUCUUGGCCAUGGGGCUGACCCCUAUACCCAUCCAGGACUGUCCUGCCCCCCAGAAGAGUAGCAAGGGGUCUUCAGCAGCCUGACCAGAAAGCUGGGGUGUGCAGGAGCCUCCACCAAAUGUGGAGUGCCCCCCUAGCGUGAUGCAUGACCCCUCCUCACCUCACUAGCCUCCCUAAAUCCAUGGUUCUCCUACAUUACCUGGGCUGAUCCCAGUGGGGUCCCCAGUGUUUUGGUGUUCUCACUUGCUGUGUCGCCUGUGUCCAUGUGGGUUUGUAUUGAGUUGCCUUAAAUCGCAAUAAAUUAUUGUGGCUUUAAUUACA